GACGUUCGUGAGCGGAGUCAAGGAGUUUUUGUGAGAAAAGGCUGUGCAUACAAUUUUGAAAUGCCGUUCUUGCACGAAGGACGUCUUCUUCUAGUCUUUACCCACUCAUGACGUAAACCAAGUCCAACUUCGCUACCUGCAGACCACACGCACUAUGGCGACGACGACAGUCAUCUCAUCUUCGGUCGAGACCACUACUACAUCGCCGCAACCGAAAGCCGCGGACCAGGACGGCAUGGAUUCCACUUCCACGGUGCCGUCUCCUGAGGACCUGGCGACGGCGUCCAAGCUGCGGUCGGGGUUUGAGCCGCCGACCGUGGACGAGGAGCUGAACAGCCUGAUGAACAUGUUCCGGUACCGUCGGGGCGUGCUGAGCGGAACUACCCGCCCCUCCAAAAUCGCGCUGGAUCCGCGCCUGCAGUUUCGCUCCGUGAUCGGCGAGGACGUGGUGAAGGAGGUGAAGAAGGAACUGCAGUCCUCCGCCGGAAACAGCAAAGCCGCUGCGCCCGCCGCACCGGCCAAGGACGCGAAAGGCGCGGCGGCCGCUUCCCCGCCGACCGAUGCUGCCGCGGACGCAGGCGGGGGCGGCGAUGGUUUGCCGCAGUACGAGUCGGUCAAGCAGAUUUUGGAGAGCAAAGAGAAGGGUAUGCAGAGCAAAAGGCAGAAGAAGAUAAACCAGUAUAUCUACUCCGCAGACCCGAAGUACCGGGAGGUGAAAAAGCAUUUAGGGCGGUACUAUCGGCUGAAGUACAAGCAUCGCUACGCGUCCUCCGAGGACGACGACGAGAGCAAGCCGCCCAAAGACCGGAAAUUCUUUCCCAACGAGGCGUUUUUCCGGCGCGUGCGGAACCUCUUCAACGACAUACCCUACAAGGAGCCGGAGAACUGCCGGAAAUUCGUCGAUCGCAUGUACGCGUUCUACAAAACGCACCGGGAGCUGUACUGCAACCCGCGGGAAGACCCGCUGGAGAAAAAGGAGGAAGACCCGAACUUUUCCACGUUUCUUCGCGACGCGAAGGAAAUGCCGCCGGGAAGCGCGAUGUAGAAUUGAUGAUUGCGAUGAGAAGUGUAGCAUGAUAGAUUCAUCUUUUUGCAGCAUUCUGAAGAAGCUGAGAGCCAUGAAAGUAAGUAGAUGCACUGCGCACGACAUUGAAAAGAAUUUGAACGCAUCCGAUUCUUGUUUCACAGCACCGCCGCGAAGAUUUCGAAGAGGCUGAGCAGCAGUCGAUUUUCUGCCGCCGCAAGCAGUACGCAGAGUAGCACUGAGCAACCAAGGGCGGUUUAUUCUCCCACGAAACGCACCACACCCGCUCGCCCGAAGCCCACGAACUGGAACUUCACGCGGCCGGACUCGGCCAAACGGCGUCCGCAGUCCGCCACACAGCGCCCAGAUUCUGCCAAGUUCCGCUCCAGUCGCCCCCGGCCCUUGUCGGCCCUCAGUACAAGGCCACCAUCCACUUCGGCCUUCGAGCGACCGCAGAGCAGUUUCGCGGCGUCUACCGCGAGCAGUAAGUUCAACUUCUUAGAUAGUUGCUGGUUUCGCAAAGGCGGGGUUCCGUUCUGGUUCAAAGUACUUUCAUCGGGUUUAUUGGAGCACGUGAUUUUUCCGCUGUGAUGAAUGUGUUUUCGUUUUCGAAAACGAUACCUACUUACUUACCCACAGUGUCUCAGUCCCGGCCGUGGUCCGCUUUCAGCCGGCGGCCGCAAAGUGCUACCACGCUUCGCCCCUCGAGCGCGGCACGACGACCCGCGAGUGCAACUGCCCGCCCGAUUGCGGAAAUCCGAGAUCGCCAUUUACCACGACCGCACAGUGCAAAAGCUUCGUACGGUGGACGACCACACAGUGCCUUGGGGACCAGCUGUAGUGGUUGUGUUCGUCUUUGUCUUAGGUUCUUGUCCCUCGCAUAACAGAACGUGCGCUGCUAGAUAGUCAUUUUUCCGUGUGGGCGUGAGUGUAGACGUCUAUGAAAUUCUUGCCAACAACUUCUACAGCAACGUUCGACGCCUCAACUUCGCGCCCGAGCUCAGGCACUACGCGACCGGGCUCCCGGCCGACUUCAGCGGUCAUGCGUCCACACAGUGCGCAAACAGCUGAACUCCGCCGCAUCGCAAACAUGACGAGACCCAGCAGUGCUAGCAGGUAAGAACAAGCCUUUUCGAUCGUAGAAGUAGUUGUUCCUUUGAUCAUCAUGACGUCGGAGGGACUGGUCGUCCUGAUUCGAAUUCAUGGGUUCAUUUCCUCCAUCAAACAUUUCCAGUCUGCGUUCUGUCGGGACGUUCCGGUCGCACUACCCGUUACCUGCGGAAGCGUUGGAAGUGGACGAAUUUGAGAUGAUGAUGGCGGAAGACAUUCCGGCCAAGCAGCCGAAAACGCCCGCGGAGGCGAUGCAACAACGGUGGCUGGAAUUCCGCCAGAAGGAGCUGGAGGACAAGGCGCGCCACGAGGAGAUCCAAGCUGCCAUCGCGAACUGGCGGGAGUUCCGCACGCGCGUCGAGGAGAACACCGUGCGGAGGCAGGACAGUGCGAGCAACCUGCGGCCCAGCGGACCCAAUGUGUACCUGACAAAACCGCGACCGCAGAGUGCACCAGCAAGCCGAACGGCGGCCAUGGCAGCGGCGAGUGAGGCGGCGAAGAAGAAGUAUGAUUCUUUUCCGCAUGUUUUUCAUUCUUUUCGAAACCGAUCUUGUGUGUCAGCAGAUUCCCAGUCACUGAAUGUGCAUCAGAUUUUUACAACAUGAUGAAUGCAUAUGUACCUUGCAUAUGCAUUUUCCCUACCAAGGUCUGCCUCCCAACAAGACGAGGACGCGACGCAACCGUCCGAAUUUGACCUUUUUGAUGCCGAGGGGGUGAUGGCGCACGGGUACUUGCAGAACGGGGACUGCCGGGACCAGAAGACCGGGGACAUCGAGAUGGCCACGAUCGAGGAGGACGUGCGGAAAACGGAGAUGCAGCGCCUCCGCCACCAGCUGGCCAACUUUCUGCACGAGCCGGAGGAACUGCCGGCCUACUCCCGCAUCCAGAAUUGCGCCGAGGACGUGCACGCGGAGGAUUUGGAAACGUGCAAGUUGUGGUCGGACGUACACAAGACGCCGAACGCGUACCUGGACCGCCGCGCGGCGCAACUGGAGGAAAUCCAGCUGUGCAAGCAGAAGCUCGCGGAGAGGGGUAUCCCGGUGGCGGAAAAGACCCUGACCGAGGCCCUGCUGCGGCCCUACGAGAACUUCCGCGUCAAGGACGGGAUCAGCGUGGCCGUGCCCUUGCUGCAGUUUAACCCCUACAUGGCCGACCCCAUGCUGAAAUUCGGAAAGAAAAAGGGGAAAAAGAAGAAGUGAAGGAUUGUGGAAGGAGAACAAGGUUGCGACAAGUGAGCAUUGGAUUCUACACAACACCGUGUUACUACGCGAUACAUUACAACGCGAGAACUGAGCGAUAAUUCAGAGAUGAACUAGAAGAUUGUUGUCCUCAGAUUGUUAGAAAAUGCCGAAUCUAGUCUAUUUUGUCAUGUACUACUCGAUUAGGAAGAAAUGAAAGCGAACUUAGGCGUGGUGAACAGCGUGUGAACUUAGAUGAAGAAGUUGAAGUUGCCCGAACAGCAAUGGGUCAUGGCAUUAGAGUCACCUGCUGGAGUUUUUUGGAUGUAGUACUUAUGUUAUCGAACGCGAAUCGAGUCACAAUCAUACUAGAUGCACAGGUGAACUCGACAGGGGCGCCAGACUCCGUCGCAACAAAAGGACAACCUCAGAUACGUCGUUUUUUUCGCGAACUUUUUUAUCCCGACUUGCAAUUCUACAAAAGCCUCAAUUCUAUGUGACCACUGAACGAACUGAUUUUUCUGUCCCUUGAUCUGUGCAUUUUUUUCCGAAGCAAGUUAAUUAACCUGUUGCCGCUGAGGAUAUUUUGUGAUUUAGAUCUGCAGAAAAUGCCGUUGACCGCGUGAGCUUUCAAAUCUGCUUCUGAAGCUUGAUUUGUUUUCUUGUGAAUAAAAAAUGAAAGUAGAUUUGCUUUUAGUUGGCGCUUCGUCCUCCGCAUCUUCAUCUUGGCGGAUUUAAAGGUUUCGUUUGGUGUGCUGUGUUUUUGCGAAAGGUGCACGUAGCUCUAGAGCGCAAAAGGAGUGAGAGGCGGAUAUGUCGUGCGUUCCCUACCGAGGAAGGCCAAGGCGCGACAAAGAGUAUUGGUUCGAGUCCCAUGUGCGAACCCUUGAGGAAUAAGUAAGUGACCAAGUGGAAAACAGGCUUCGCGGAGUGAUGCAGGACGUAUGAGAAGAGGCUAUGCCUUGUUUACUUGAUUUUUCACCCGUUGCGUAAGCGUAG